UCCUUCUCCUAUGUUUAGUGGACCGGGGUGAUUCAAAUUGAGCUUUUUUCCCCCCCACACACAAAGUCCAGGGUUACGUUGACUUUAAAUGUUAACACACAUUCUUUUGAAAGCUUGACGUAUUCAGUGCUUUACCAUGUCUGGGAAAAUUAAGAGCCGAAAUGUCGCAAACGCAGACGCGAUCUCUAGCGGUGUGUCCUGCGAUGAGCGCAUCUUGCGGGAUUGUCAUCAGCUGUACACGGAUCCUGAUAGCGGCUUGAUCAAACUGGCUGAAUCUGUCGGGGUUAAGUUGCUGCCACCCAGGAAAAAGAUAACCGUCAUGCUAAUGGGCAACCACUCUGCUGGGAAAAGCUCCUUCAUUAACUGGUAUGUGGAAGAGCACAUCCAGCGUACCGGAGUAGCUAUUGAGACACAAGGCUUCAGCUUUGUUACAAAUGGUCGCAAGAGAGAAUCUCUCACAGGAAAUGCCACUCUUCAUCUAUAUCCACACUUCAAGCCUCUGCAAGAUUUCAAAGGCGUAUCAGAGUACUUGAGCACAGAGAUCUGCACAUCACGACAGAAACGGUUCAGCCUGGUGACAUUUGUGGAUUCACCAGGGUUGGUGGACGGUGACAUGAAAUAUCCUUUUGAUGUGGAUGAGGUUAUCCUGUGGUUAGGUGACCUGUGUGACCUGAUUCUGGUGUUCUUCGACCCCAUGGGUCAGGCUCUGUGCAAACGUACCCUCAAUAUUGUGGAGAACCUGAAUGAGAAACACGGGGAUCGGCUUCGGUUUUACCUCAGCAAGGCUGACGAGGCCGGUGGAGAAUCUGACAGACAAAGAGUAAUGAUGCAGAUUGUCCAGGAGCUCUGCAAGCGACCAGGCCUCAACAAAUGUGGCUUUGACAUGCCAACUAUCUACAUUCCUAAUCCAAAUAAGCCAAGUCGCUGUGUUAACCAAAUUGAGGAUGUGUGUCGCACCAUUGAGAAAACCAUCAACCAAACUGUCCAGAAUACACUUAACUCCCUGGAAAAAGACUGUGAGCUCAUUAUUAAAGCCACCAGUGAUACACUCGUCAAUGACAGGUGGACCUCUGCAAAGAACCGCCAUGCACGCUGUAAGAGCUGCCUUCUGACUCUGGUGGGUUUCAGUAUCCCACUGGCCCUGUUGGCUUUACUGGUUCUGGGUGCUUUGUCUAAAGACAUGCUGGAGGUGGCUCUGGGCCGCCAGGGCACAGAUGUCCUCUCGCUCUACCUGUCUCCCAUUGUGAGAAUAUCUGACUCCCUUACUGCAGAGCAGCAGGUUUAUUGCUGUGGAGGACUGGUCCUUCUCUCCUUUCUCCUACUCAUCAUUGCACGUUUUUCCUUCAGGACUCAGCCAACUUUGUCAAGCAAACUCAAAAGACAACUGCAGGAGAAACUAGAGUAUGUUCAGGAGAUGGUCAAGACUAAAAAGAAAAAGUUGUAUGAAGAUUAUCUACGCCAGAGUGUCAGCGAUCAUGACAUGGGCUUAUAAAGCAGUGAGACAUAAACUGACCGUGAUUGCAGGGGGGGGGGCGAAAAAACGAGCUUUUGUGCCCUCAUUGACCUAGGACCAAAUCCUUACUUUGGUUUUGACACCAGCUGUUGUCCUCGCCACUAAAUGUAGUGUUGUUUUUGUUUUGUUUUUUAUAUAAUAAUGUGUAAAUUAGGGUUAUAAGAGCACGUCACUGUGUGUGUACACUUACUGCCCCCCGCCAGGUGUUGUGCUCUGCAUCCUAUAAUAGAAACAUUACCUCUGUACGGACCGAUAGAUAUCAUUGCCUACAGGAUUUGCUGUUACUGCUGAUUAUGAAACCAAUUUCUGAAUGUUUUAUACAUGUAUUUGCAUUCACACCCAAACCACUUAAAACAUAUAGACUAUUUAUAUUGUUACUUUUGGAGACAUUUUAUUGUGUUUAAGCAGCAUAUAGCACUUGUUUACAUGCAUCAUUUGGAACAAGUUGAUAUUUUUUUGAAGAAUUUCACCAGCGUUUUUAUAAUGUAGCACCACUACUGCGGAUAAGAAUUUUUAUUGUAGUAAUAGUACAUUUAGCAUGAUGAGAAUAUUCAGUUAUGCACAAACCUUGCCAUUGAGAAAUUUAUUUUGUUUGUGAGCAAUCAAACAUUUAUACUAAUCACAGUGGCAGAUGAUCUUUUGUGCUUUUCUACAUUCUCAUGUUUUAAAUUAGGAUUGACUUGAAUAAAAAUUGAUUAAUGAUGA